CUGCUGAUGGGAUCUGUGACAGUGACGUCACAGAUCCAGACGGCUCCGGAACUGCGGUCUCGGAGGGCGAGGUCGGCCUUGUGGCCGUCUACGGGGCUGUAGAUGGUGGUCUCCUUGGUGACUAUAAAGUCAGCGUCCCGGGCCAUCCGUAUGCUCUCGUCCCGCAGGGCAUUAUGGGUGUCGGUCCGACCGUGCCCGGUGCCACACCGGAGCAGGUGGUUGGGCAGCCUAGUGUCGAGGAUUUCAAAUUCCUCGGCGCAGUUGCAAGUGCGGGGGGCUGGGAAUGGAAGGCCGAGGCGGAAGGCCAGGGCAAUGGCGAAGUGGAAAAGAGGCGUUGGGUGUGCCCAGAGAGUGGGUUUGGGUCCAUUGUCCGCGUGGCUGCCACCUGGCCGGCGUAUCGCACGGCCUGGACUUCGAGGGAUAAGCGGUGUUGGAGUGGGGAGCCGGAGGGUUCCCUCCUCUCGGAGUGCAGGAGCUCCCGGGCUCGUGGGGGCAUCGCCGUUUCACACUUCGCCAGCCAGGUAUGCAAGUGGGUGGGGCUGGUGAAAGGUGGCGUGAGGUGCCGGACAGCGUCAGCCAGGGGCCCUCCUGACGCUGCUGGGAGGGCAGCCAAGAGGCCCUGGGCUUGGUCGGACCAGACUUCCAAGGGUAGGAAGUCAAGGGGGGUGGUGCGGGUUAAGUAUGAGACACGCCGGGACACGCAGCGUGUGAGGAGGAGGGAUGAGGACUGAGGGUCCAUUGUGGCCAGUGUGGCGAGGGGUUCGGCUAGCAGGGCUAGCUGGGUGCGGAGGAAUGCGGCUGUGCCCUCGGUUGUGCCUAUAAAGCUGCCAAGCACGCGGACGCCUUCAGUGUUGAAAGGUAUGUCUGGGGGAAGGCGGUCGGGUGCAGGGCGCUCGGCUGACCAUGCUGCGCAUUUCGCGGGGUUGUGGGAGAGACCGAUGCGGUCCAUGGCGGCUGUGAAGGUGAGGAAUGCCGAGGUGCAGGCGUCCGGGUUGCCGACGAAAGUGACGUCGUCAGCGUAUGCGAGGCAAAGGACCUCGGGGUGGGCCGCGGCGGUUGCCUGGAGGGCUGGGUGGAUGGCUGCUGCGAAGAGGAGGGGGCCCAUGGGAUCCCCUUGGCGAACUCCCCGUGCGCUGAGUAGGGGCGGGCUAUCAAACUCAGCGUCGAGAUAGAGCAGAGACGGCGCGCCAUACGAGAAUUGGAUAAAUGGAAGGAGCGGGCGGAGGGGCGAGGUGUUGAUUGCGUGGAUGAUUGCCCCACGGUCAACGCUAUUAAAGGCGUUCGAGAGGUCGACUUGUAGGAUGAGUGAGCCUGGGCGCGCAGAGGUGAAACCCCUGGUGGCGUGGAUGAUUGUUUCCCCGCCGCUCCUGAUGGCUACCCCGUAUUGGUGUGGUAGGAAGUAGUCUUGCGCGGAUUGCGUAGAGGAGAUUAGCGCGGCUUUUGCCGCCAGUCGAUGGAGACACUCCCCUAUUGCGAUGGGGCGGGUACCCCCAUCUGGCUUGGUAAGGGCCAGGAGGCGUGAGGAGGUAACGAGCUGGCUGACCUCGUGCGGCAGGUUACCCGCCAGUAACCGCUGGACGAGCUUGUGGAGGUUUGUGGCGACGGCGGGGUUGGACAGCGAGGCGUCGCGAAGGUGCUCGAAGGUCAUCCCCGAGGGGCCUGCCCCAACUCCAUUUUCGGAGCGGGCGAGGAGCUUCGCGAACGUAGCGAAAUCGACUGUCGGCGGCCUGCAGUUUUCGUCAAGCCGUGGCCAGGUGAGGCUUUCGACAAGCGGAGGGGGGUGUUUUGACUUCAGCGCGUCCAGGACCGUGGGGGUGGACUUGCUGACUGGGGUCGAAGUCAACGCGAGCAGUGCCCGUCGCAAACUGCCUCGUCGUAC